AUGGCGUCUAUGGCAGACCAGGAGAGUACCGUCUUCGGAGACGAGUUCGUGGCCGACGAGAUCAUUGCCCGGCUACCGGCCCGCUGCGCCGUGCGCUGCAUCGGCCUCUCGAAGCGCUUCCGGCAACUCGUGAGAAGGCCGUACUUCUGGCUUCGCCACCGCCGUCUUGGCGCGCCAGGCCUGGCACUCCCUCAUGCCGCUUGCCUCUAUACGCGUGCUUACUGCAAGACCAUCUACUUCAACGUCGUCGGCCCCACGUUCGCCUUGGAGCACACCGUCAACGUCGAGCACGGUAGCUGGUACGCCAACACCUGCAACGGGCUAGUCCUCCUUGCCGCCCGAUCAUCCCUCGACGGCGUCGUUUUCAACCCGGCCACCAAGGAGGAGGUGCUCCUGUCCGUGCCGUCGUUGCCACCAACGCAGGCUCCCAAGGACGACGACGGCUAUGUGCUACGCCGCUUCCUGGGGUUUGGGUACGCGCCGUCGAGCAAGGUCUACAAGGCUCUCAUAUGGGAGUUCACAGAUGACGGCGCCGAUAGCACAACCACAACGUUGAUGGUGGUGUCCUUGGAUAGUACCGGCUGCCAUCAAGAGCCGAGGACGGUAUUCUCAUGUGACAUGGAGAUGCUGUGUGAACAUAGUCUACACAUAGCCGUCCUCCUCUGCUUGGCACUGUUCGCCGCAUGGCGCCUCUGCUCGACCCUGUUCGACGCGGCGCCUCCUGCUCCCGGAGCCGACCCUGCGGAGGAGGUCGUGGUAGGCAGCGAUGACGACGCGUCGUGCCUGCCUCUCGCCAGGGAGGCCGGCGUCCGGGCGGCGGCCGGCACGGGAAACAACUUCGUCUUCUCGCCGCUGUCCAUCCACGCGGCUCUCGCCAUGGUGACCGCCGGCGCGCGGGGCGACACGCGUAGGGAGCUCCUUCGGUUCCUCGGCGCGUCGUCGCUCGACGCGCUGCACCGGGUCCCGGCGAAUGAGCUCGUCGGCAGGCUCAAUGGGCUAGCGCAGACGUCCUUCGCCUGCGGCGUGUGGGUCGACCGGAGACUGGCGCUCAGGCCGGAGUUCGCGGCCACCAGCGCGUCGCGGUACGCCGCCACGGCGGAAUCUGUGGAUUUCGUGUCGGGGCCCGAGCAGGCGAGGCAGCGCGUGAACGCCUUCGUGGCUGACGCGACGAAGCAGCUCAUCCGCGAUAUCAUCACUCCCGGCUCCAUCGACUCGUUGACGGCGGUCGUGCUCGCCAACGCGCUCUACUUCAAAGGAGCCUGGCCUGAGCCGUUCGACGUCUUCACCGCGCCUUUCCACAUCCCCGGCGGCACCACCGUGCGCGUGCCGGCCAUGACAACAGGCCGGUCGCAGUACAUCGCGCUCUACCAGGGAUUCAGGGCCCUCAAGCUUCCUUACAAGAACGAUGCGCUGCGACAAACUGAGGCAUUCUACUUGCUCAUCCUUCUCCCGGAGAAGGGCACGCUCAGUCUAUCCGAUCUCUAUGACAAGGCGGCGUCGACCCCGGAGUUCAUCAGGAAGCACACCCCGGUGGAUGAGGUUCCUGUCGGGCAGUUCAUGGUGCCCAAUUUCAAGUUCACGGCUGAAUUCGAGGCGUCGUCCGGCAUGCGAAAGCUUGGUGUCACCAGGGCUUUCUCAGGCGGCAACUUCUCAGGCAUGGUGAGGGGCGAAGAUGAGCAUGGGCGACUCUCCAUUACCAAAGUGUACCAUAAGGCCACCAUCGAGGUAGACGAGCAAGGCACCGUGGCCGCUGCUGCCACGGUAAUACUCAUGGAUGCUGCUAGUGCAUUUGAGGAAAGAGAACCACCGCAUUUGGUGGAUUUUGUGGCGGAUCGGCCCUUCAUGUUUGCCGUGGUUGAGGAGAUGACAAGAGCCGUAUUGUUUCUUGGUCAUGUUGUCAAUCCUCUCGCUACUUAACUGAAUACAUAAUUACUCUAUAAAAUGUAGAAUCCUUUGGCUGUCGAUUUGAGUAAUCGAACAUGUGGAACCAACCUUAUAAACUCAGAAUCCCGACCGACAGUGGUACAAUCAGACUAUCAAAGAACUAUGUGCCAGCCUUGGAUAUGAAAACGUGUACUUCUAGUUAUGCCUUGCAUUAAUCUUGGAUAUGAUUGUUAUGAUA